CUCACAGCUCCACUAGGCAGUGCCCCAGUGGGGACUCUGUGUAGGGGUUCCAACUCCACAUUUUCCCUUUGCACUGCCUUAGUAGAGGUUCUCUGUGAGGGCACUGCCUCUGCAGCAGGCUUCUGCCUGGACAUUUAGGCUUUUCUGUAGAUCCUCUGAAAUCAAAAGAGAGGCUCCCAAACCUCAACUCUUGCACUCUGCACACUCACAGACUUAACACCACAUGGAAGCUGCCAAAGCUUAUGGCUGGCAUCCUCUGAAGCAGCAGCCCAAGUUGCAGCUGGACCCCUUUGAGCCACAGCUGGAGCUGGAGCAGCUGGGAUGCAGGAAACAGUGUUUGGAGGCUGUGCAGGUCAGUGGGGCCCUGCGCCUGGACCAGGAAACCAUUCUGCCCUCCUAGGACUCCAGGCCUGUGAUGUGGGUGUGGCUACGAAAGUCUCUGAAAUGCCUUCAAUGUCUUUCUCCCAUUGUCUUGGCUAUUAACAUUUGGUUAUUCUUUACUCAUGCAAAUUUCUGCAGCUGGGGUAAAUUCUUCUCUAGAAAAUGGGAAUUUUUUUUCUACCACAUGGCCAGGCUGCAAGUUUUCCAAACUUUUACACUCUGCUUCCCUUUUAAAUACAAAUUUGAGUUUUAGCUCAUUUCUUUGCUUAGGCAUAUGAGCUUAGGUUGUUAGAAGCAGCCAGGUCAUAUUUUGAACACUUUGCUGCUUAGAAAUUUCUUCCACCAGAUACCCUAAAUCAUCACUCACAAGUUCAAAGUUCCACAAGUCCCUAAAGGAGGGGAACAAUGCACCCAGGCUCUGUGCUAAAGCAUAACAAAAGUGACUGCUCCAGUUGUUCCCAAUAAGUUCCUUAUUUUUAUCUGAGAUCUCCUCAGCCCAGAUUUCAUUUUCCAUAUCAGUAUUAGCAUUUUGGUCACAAUUUACAAGUUUUUAGGAAGUUCCAAAUUUUCCCUUAUCUUCCUGUCUUCUGAGUCCUCCAAACUCUUCUAACCUCUGCUCAUUACCCAUCUCCAAAAUCGCUUCCACAUUUUUAGUAUCUUUAUAGCAAUACCCUACUCUUCAGUACCAAUUUUCUGUAUCAGUUCAUUCUCACAUUGCUAUAAAGAAGUACCUGAGAGUGGGUAAUUUAUGAAGAAAAGAGGUUUAAUUGGCUCACAGUUUCAUAGGUUGUACAGGAAGCAUAGUGACAUCUGCUUCUGGGGAGGCCUCAGGGAGCUUUUACUCAUGGCAAAUGGCAAAGCAGGAGCAGGCAUCUUACAUAGCAGGAGAAGGACUGGGUGGGGGGGAGGUGACACACACUUUUAAACAAGCAAAUCUCAUGAGAACUCACUCAUCAUCAUGAGAAUAGUACCCAGGGGAUGGUGCUAAACCAUUCAUGAAGGAUCCACCCCCAUGAUCCAAUUACCUCCAAUGAAGCCCCUCCCCCAACAUUGGGGAUUAUAAUUCAACAUGAGAUUUGGGCAGUGACACAGAUCCAAAACAUUAACUUUUCUUUCUGAAGAUGUAUCUGUGGUGUUGAUUCAGUAGGACACUUUGGCUUUGAUUCUGCGUGUGUACAGUAAGGUGGUCUUAUAUUAUUCCUUCAGCUAUUAACAGCAUAAGUGGUGUCUGUGACUUCCUCAGUGGCUUAGGCUGUAGUUGUGAUUGGAGGCUGUAGUGAAGUUUUCCUGGGGACAGAGAUUUUAGGUGGGCCAGUUCUUGGGCCCCAGUAGGGGUAACAGUGGGCUGAGAGUGCCUAUAUUUGGCACCUAGGCAACAUAUGUUUGUACCAGUUUUAGCAGCUUUAAGCAGAACAAUUCUGGGGGCUUUAAGUAGCUUACUUGGGUACUAGCAGUUGCAAUCGUAGGCUGAAAGGGUGGGUGGGCCUUUAGGCCUCUGGGAAUGUGCUUGCCAUGGGCAAUUUCUGUAGUUUGGUUGGACAACCCUCAGAUUCUCAAGUUGCAAGCUCUGGUGUUAGAGGUGGUUGUGAUGGGCUGGGGGCCAGUCUCCAGACCUUCAGAUGUUGCAUGCAUAUUGUUUCUGGCUACAGUGCUACUGUCAGGCUGGUUGGGCCCAUUCUCAGUCCUCCUAAAGGAAUGUGCAAAUGCCAGUGGUGGUGGACAAAGCAGGAUGAUUGCCACACCCCUGGGUAGUGUGCCUGGGCACUGGGAUGAUGGAACCAGGCUUGGCAGGUCUGUCCUCAGUCCCCCUAGUUAUGUACAUGGAUGUUGGCUGUGGUAAGUUGGAUGGGGUAAUCCUUGGAUCUCCCAAUAGCAGGAGCAAUACCUGAAGAAAGCCUGUCCUCGAGGCACAUGCAAAUUUGCUGCAGCUGUGCUGCUAGGGCAGGGUGUUGUUAUUGUCAGUGGCAGCAGCCACUAGCAGGCAGCUCUCUGGCAAUGUGGAGCACACUUUGGCUUCUGGCAGCAGCAUAAGCCAGUCCUCAGGGUACGUGCAAGUUCACAGUGGCUCUGCUGCUGGUGGAAGUUAGGUCACUGCCAGUGGCACAUGCUCUGGCCCCCAGCUGCAUCAGCAGACUCAGCAGCAGGCGGAGAGGGCCUGUCCCCAGGUUGCAUGCAAGUGUGCAGCAUCUCUGCUGCUGUGUUGCGGGGGUGACAUUGCUGUCUGUGUCAGCAGCCACAGGGAGGCAGCUCUCUGGUUCUGGAAAGCAUGUGCUUUGGCUCCCUAUGUCUGGUUCACAGCCUUUCCGGUGCCUGAGGUGCAGAACACUGCAUAUGCUAGAAUGCUGAGGAUCCUGCCACUUUGCUGGGUCCAACUGGCAUUUCACUGCUGCAGCCCCCGGUGGUGACAGCAGCAACUGUGCCACCAGCAGCAGUGGGAAGAGCCUUUUCUCAAGGUGUGUGCACUUACAUGCACUGCGGUCUUCCUGCUGGGUGGGCGGGUUGCUGUCAGUGCUCACAGGUGUAGCAGGGCCAUCCAUCUCUGCAGAGUCCCAUCUGAGGGGGCAGGGUCACUGCAGGACCAAUUAUUAGACCAUGCACAAACUCAGAGUUGUUGUGGCCCAAGCAGGCUGUAGUCCUGGGGGUGGGCCCACCACAGAACCAGUUUUCAGGCUGGGCACCAGCAUGCACAGGCUCAGCAGACUAGCUGGUUGUGAGGUGUGGGUGCAUGUGGGUGUCGUGGCUAGUAGGCAGAUGGGUGGCUUCCCUGCUGUUCACUUCUUCCCUGGAUUGGUGGUGCACCACAUGGGUUCGGUUGCCGGGGUCUUGAUUAGUUUAUCUGGCUAGGCUCUGGGAAGCUAGGGUCAUGGUGCUGCAGAUACCUGUAUGAAUGUGUUGGAAUGAUGGUGGGGCCUCAAGUGAUAGAGAGCCGGGUGCUACUGAUGCUCAAAGCAAGACACACUCUCUAUGUAGGUUCAGUCUGGAGAUGGCACUGAGCCAUAGCACCUUACAUUGCAGGGGCAGAGGGUGCUCAAGGUGGUCUCUUACUAUGUAAGGCAAUGCAGUUUGGAAAUCCCAACUGCUCUCCAGACUGGUUUUUGUGCCAGUGAGAACAGUGGGGCAAAGAUUGUUGACAUUUUUUAUGGCAAUGUGGAUCACUGGGGAACUACAGCUUACUUUUUCCUGUAGAAUGGAGUUACUGAUGACCCUGAGCCAACCUUGACUGAAGAGAGAGUAUGUCAGAGGCAGGAUGCUAUAUUGAGUUUCUGUACUUCACAGAGGUGUUUCUGUUCCCCUGGUGGUCUCCAGCAUACUUUUUAAAUCACACUAGCUGACAUAAAAUUGUUUGUUUUCUUGAUUUCUUUUUGUGGGGAAAUGAGUGCCAGGGAACUCUAGUCAGCCAUCUUGCUGAUGUUCUAAAUUCUAUUUUUAAAAGAUCACUCUGGCUGUUGUAAGGAGAACUGCAUGGGAUGUGGUGAGGGGCAAGAAUGUCACCAAGAUCAGCUGGAGACUGUUGAAAGUCCUCCAGGAGGGAGAAUCAUGACUUGACUCAGGGCCUUCUGAUAGAGAUUAUGAAACUGAUCAUAUAUGGGAUAUCUUUUGAAGGUAGAACCAAUUGGAUUUGCUAAGGGCAGUACACGGAGGGGACUAAACAAUCAAGAGUGACACUUAUGUUUUUGAAUGGUUGAGUGAAACAAAUGUCAUGAACUGAGAAAAGAUUGUGAGGUGUUAUCAGCUAAAUUGUGUUCCCUCCAAACUCUCAUGUUGAAUCCCUUACCCCUGAUACCGCUGAAUGUGACUUUAUUUGCAGCAUGGCCUUUAAAGAGGUGAUUAGGUUAAAAUGAAGCUGAUAGGGUUGGUGCUAAUCCAAUCUGACACCUGUCCUCAUAAGAAAAGAACAUUAGCACAGACCACAGAGGGGUACCAGGGAUGCAUGUCUACAGAUAAAACCCCAUGUGAAGAUACAGCAAGAACCGGCCAUCUAGAAGUGAAGGAGACAGGGCCUCAGAAGACACCAAACCUGUUGACACCUUAAUCUUGUACUUCAAGCUCCAGAACUAUGAGAAAGUAAAUUUCUGUUGUUUAAGCCACUUGUGGGGCAUUUUUUUAGGGUAGCCAUAACAAAUUAGUAUGAAGGAGAGCAGGUUUUAGGAAGUAGAAAUCAAGAAUUAUAUUAGGGAUAUGUUAAGUUUUCAUCUGUUGUAAAAGGCAAGUGGAUUGCUGAGAGUGUCCACUCACCUACAAGUGCCUAAGCUCCUGCUGCAGUCCUGCUUCUCGAUUUGACCCCACCCUCACUCACUGACAGUGUCUGUUUCAGCUCCUCCGUCACCCCUGUUGUGGUUGUGUGUGGUGAGAUCAUAGCUGAUGUUUAUUAUUUCCAGAUACAUUAAUCUCUUUCUCUCAUUGCUUACAUUGGAGAAUGUCAGGGUAAGGGUCUGAGCUGAGUGAUAUUUGCAGGCAUCACCUGUUGUCUUCCUGCACUCACCAGCCAAGGAGAAGCCUGCCUUCCACCAGGACUGCAGUUUCCUCAGCCACCCACACAGUGAAUCAUGUCUGCAUGGCACGCCCCUCUGCUCCUUCUCGCUGACCUUCCUUUCCUACCUGAUGGUCUACCAUAAGCCACCUAGGCAGAACUACUUAUCUCCACUUCCCAUGUUAAACAGUGUCUGGUGAAAUCAGAGGCAGCAAUCCUAGUAACACAGCUGGGUCUGUAGGCCCAAACAACUACUCUCUCUCACCCAUAAAACCCUAAAGCACAGCUAGAACUCUUCUGCUUCCCACAUAGAGAAGAAUUGCUAACUCAUAAUAUAUUUCACCUUCAAAAUAUGUCCAUAAUUAUGCCAGAGAAAAUAUUUAUUUUUUUGGUCACUUUGCCAAAGUAAAGUUAUCCAUAACAAACACCAUUGAUUAGAAAAUCUUCCUGUAAUAUUACCUCCAACCCUUCAGAAUUGCCAGACCAGACCUUCAUCUGCACAGCACAGGAUCCACUUAUCCACAAUGGUCAAGAGGCCUGUCUUUAAGAUUUCCAGUCACAUUCCCCCGACCCUGUCAUACUUCCAACCAAGCUAUCCUCAAAUUAUCACCAGCCCUGUACAAAAAUGUAACAAUAAUACGAGACCUAUACAACGCCUGUAAUGAAAAGUGGCAGCUGGUGAUACUGAUUGAUCUAGGGGUUCCAUGAAAAUAUAAGCAGAAAACUACUAGAUAGGACAGAAAAAUCAGCAGGUGAAGAUUAAGCUACCAACUCAGGACCCUACCAAACUUUUCAGAAACACAAAACCUUGGUGCCAAAUUUUAAAAACAAAAAAGAAGAAAGCAAGCAAAGAGAAGUACAGAACCUUGUUUAGAAAAUCAAAUAAAGAUUUCUCCCAGAACGCAUGAAGAAAGCAGUAAGAUAUAAAACAUAGACAUAGGGAGGAUUGAUUCACAAUAUAACAAUAUCAACAAGUAAGGUUCAGCACAAGAGUGAAGAAGAAUGAGUAUAAGAAUAUUGCAGAGAAAAUAAUCUUUGGUAAAGGCAAUCUGAGAAGCAAAUAGAAUGGAAACUAAUUAAAAAAUAGAAAAUCAAUGUAAUACUUGAGGCUUUCAACAGGCUAUCAUACUAUCUAAUUAGAUUGUAUUAUUGUGUCCACUCAAUAACCAGUGUGAUUAAAAUAUUUGGUACAAGAAGUAAGACCUAAACUGAAUCUUAUAGAACAUUCUAGAAAAGAGAAAGACCAUGGAAGAAGUCUUAGGGACAUAAAAUAGCAUGGCUUGUUCAAGGAACUGUGUAUUCACACUGUUCUGAUGCAGAAAUCUAAUGGUGCUUUCUGUGGCCAAUUUUGCUUUACUAACCUCCAGGAUAUUAAUAAAGAUAGAAUGUUUUAAUACCUGUGUUCUACAACAAUAAAGUAUCUCUGGUUAGUGCUAGAUUAGGAGAAUCUUAAUCUCUUUGGGCCAGAGUAGCCUGAGGGUAAAACUUCUGUCAUCCACGUGUGCCCAAGUGUGUGUUGUCCUCACACAACUCAACAUUAAACAGAAGUGAUCUCUAUAUAUAUUAUUAUGAAAUUAAGCUACAUAUCAUCCAUAUAGGUAUAUAUGCUAUAAAAAUGGAAUUUAUGCUACACUAAUAGCUAGAGAUAUUAAUCAUUUUCACUUCUGGCUAUAAGAUCACUGCUGACAAACAUAUACAAACGUAAGCACGUGUGCACACAGACAACCAAUGAAGGGGAAAGACUAACUGUCUAACCCAAUUGAAAAUCAAAUGAUGACCAAACUUCAAUUGUAGUAUUUGUGCUGAUUGCUUAGAUACUGUUUCUUCAGAAACUAUGCUCAAGUCACAGGUUGUACCUAACCACAUCCUACCACCACAUCCUGCUGGGCUAAAAUCCCAAAAAGUAAUAAGAGAUGCAUUCAACUUUAUGAGAGGAAAGCAAAACCUAAUCUUUCAGGUGGUGAGGUCCACCCAGUAUGGAGCUCAAAGGUGCCAUUGUUCUGCUCAUGUUUAUAAAGGGAGCUGCCAUGUUUCUCUCAACACAGAGUUGGGAGCAACUCCAGAGCCUCCUUCAAGAUGCUGCUGGUCCUGCUCUCAGUGGUCCUUCUGGCUCUGAGCUCAGCUCAGAGCACAGAUAAUGAUGUGAACUAUGAAGACUUUACUUUCACCAUACCAGAUGUAGAGGACUCAAGUCAGAGACCAGAUCAGGGACCCCAGAGACCUCCUCCUGAAGGACUCCUACCUAGACCCCCUGGUGAUAGUGGUAACCAAGAUGAUGGUCCUCAGCAGAGACCACCAAAACCAGGAGGCCAUCACCGCCAUCCUCCCCCACCUCCUUUUCAAAAUCAACAACGACCACCCCGACGAGGACACCGUCAACUCUCUCUACCCCGAUUUCCUUCUGUCAGCCUGCAGGAAGCAUCAUCAUUCUUCCGGAGGGACAGACCAGCAAGACAUCCCCAGGAGCAACCACUCUGGUAAUCUAGAAUUCAGUGGCAGAAAAUAAAUAAGAAGAUAACUUCCUUCAGAAAGCCAUGACAUUGAAAUAAUGUGGUCAUAACUCUUUAUUCAGUAUACCAAUAAAAUAUUAAUAGCAUGCAAUUUCUGAUUGUUGCUUCUCUUUGUGGGUGUUUCUGAGUCUAGAAUUUGAGGGCCAUUAAUACAAUCUAAGAAUAUCUGGGACUCUUGCUCAUUGAUGCUUCCAGCAGGCUUCCCUCCUCCUUUAUCUUAAUAAAGCCAGCUGCCAAGGAGAAAGAGUUCCAUUGUUCCCCUUCUGUCCUAGAUUGCAUAGCACAAAUGCAAAUUCUUAAAAUUAUUUUUACAUCUUUCAUUGAUAUUCUUGUAACUCUAGGAAAACAAGGAAUAUAUAACAAAUGAGAGGGAGUUGCAAGUGCUGGGGAAUUCUUAAAAUUUCCAAAACUAUUAAUCCUGGUUUCUAGGGGCAUAAAUGUAGUUCUAGAUCUCUUCUCUAUAAAACUCACUAUGCUCUUUUCUCCUCUUUUUUCAUUGCUCAGUUCUCUUCCUCCCUAAGUCGUUCACCAUUCUUUUUAAAAACUUGAGUGGAUUUCAUAAAGGGUGAAGCAUAAUGUACUUUAAAGGGCAAGAAAUUUGAGUAAAACUCUGUUCUGAUUGUAAAAAUUCCAGCAAUAUCAGUAUUAUUGUCAGAUAAUAUAGACUACCAAAUUUAACUCAAGUUGCUGAGGCAAAGUUGAAUAGAAAAUAACCCUAAGAAGCAAGAGAAUUUGAUAUGUACUGUCUCCAACUACCUCUCAUUAUCACCUCCAAUGUCACUGAAUACAGAAAAUUUUAAUAUCUAAUCUUUAUCAUUAAAAAGCACAUAAUUCUUAUUUAGAUUUUUUAAGUACAGGAAACAACAAGUUUCUGAAUUCAUUCUGAGUUUCAUUAAACAAAAUAUAUAGUACAGCAAGGAUACUCUGUUAGGGAAACUAUUCAAUAGUACAUAAACAAGCGAACAGUAUGCUAAAAGAAUAAUAAACCACGUUGAAAGAGGAUGAGGAUGUUAAAGAUGGUUCAGUAUUAGAAAAUUGGCCACACCAUAUCUGAUUUUGAUGAUAUUUAGAUAAGACUUUGGAUUUAGAUUUUAAAGUGGAUGCUGGAAUGAGUUAAGACUUUGGGAUUUGGGGGAUGAAAUAAAUGUACUUAGUAUGUGAGAAGACCAUAUAUUUGGGGGGAUGACCAGGGACAGAAUGCUAUAGUUUGAAUGUUUAUGUCUCUACAAAAUAAAUUUAUGUUGAAACUUAAUUCCCUAUGCAAUAGUAUUAAGAGAUGGAGUCUUUGGGGGAAGUGACUAAGUCAUGUGGACUCUGCUUUCAUGAAUGGGAUCAAUUUCCCUACAAAAAGAAGCUCCCAAAGGCUGCUGAGCUGUUCCAUCUCUUUUGACAUGUAGGGACUCAAUGUUCAUCUUUCUUUCAUACUUCUGCCUCAUGAGAGAGAAGCCAGGAGAAAUUGUCUGUUUGGAAUGGGCUCUCACUCAACCCCAAAUCUGGUACCAUCUCAAUCUUCAACUUUCCAGCCUCCAGAGCUAUGACAAAUACAUUAUAUUAUUUAUAAAUUACCCAAGAUAAGAUAUUUUGUUAAUAGCAGCUCGAACUGGCUAAGGCAGAGGGCUACUUACAAGAAUUAAAUGCAUAAUAUAUAUUAAAUUACCUUAUAAAAUGUAUAUAAAAUUACCCUACAUGAUGUAUAUAAAAUUACACGAUUUAAGUCUUGUAAAAUGCAACAUGUAUACAAAAUUACCCUACAUGACAUACAACAAUAAAAGUUCAAUACAUUUAAAUUUAUUUAUUCUUUUAUUUAAAAAGACUCAUUUUGUCCUUUCUAAUAAUGAAUUAUCUUCUAAUAAUAAAUUAUCUUUCUAAUAAUGAAUUAACUUCUAAUAAUGAAUUAUCUAAAAAAUAGAUUAUUUGAUAAACACUUGCUUUCUUUAGCAUUAAAGCAUUCAAAAAAGAAGCAGAAAGGCCAUCUAAAAGGUAUGUUGAUGAACAAAUGCACUGUUGCAUGUCAUCAGGUGGCUGGUUAACGUGAAUAAAAACGAAGUCUCCUUCCUCAUUUAAAUUCCAAUGAUUCUGCUCCUUAACAUUUAAUAUUCAGCCUAUUCUCUACCUAUACAGAGAGUAAUGCCACCUGUAGGUCUAUCAUUGCUCAGUUGUUAAUCUGAGAAGUAAAGCCCAGUUCCUCUUGAAAAGGCAGAGAAUUUAGACAGAAAUUCACCGGCUGCUUUCUUACAGAAAGUAAACCAAUUUCUGCUUCCAGAAAAACGGAGUAAAUGUAUUUUGCCCUAUUCCUUCUACUAAGAAAAACUAUAAACCCUGAACAUUAUAUAUAAAAUAUAUGAAAACUCAGACCUGGAGAGACCAAGGCAGAUGUGGUAGGGACUUAAUAAAUUGUAUAGUGAUGAAUCCUCUAAGUUUUCUUUUCUGCUUUAUAAUUUGCAGACUUUUAGCUGAAAAUGCCAUCAACAUAGAAAUACUAACAGGCACAUAUGAGAAUUUCCCAACAAAAGCCUAUUAUUUUAGGCAAAGGUCAAGGAAAUAGUCUACCAAGGCAGAAAACAUUUCGACAAUAACCACUCUACUGUAGUCAAGUACCACAGAAAACACUAUUACCUCAAGUGAAGAGCUUAGAUCUUUAGAUCUUCACACCUGCCAGGCUGUGACAAGGUGUCCCAACCCUCCUCCAGAAUAGUAUCUCAGAAUAGCAGAAGUUGGAACUUUCAUCCCCAACUUGUGGUAAUAAGCCCCUCACUCUCCUUCCACACCUUGAUAUGACUGGAGAGCAAAUGGGGAGCUGGAUCUACUCUAGAAGCAGCAAUGAAGAAGCACCCUCCUUUCCAUACCAGGUGGUGCUUGUGGAGGCCACGUGGGAAACAGUAACAAGUCACUUCUGCCUCCGAGACAGGCUAUCAGUGGAGGCCUAGUGGUGACCCAGAAUCCACACUCCAGCCAACAGUAAUGAGGAACCUUCACCUGCCUAGGUGUCAACAGAGAUUGAGAGGAAACCUUUAUUUCUACCAUCACCUGGCAGUAAUGCAGUGUCCCUCCCUCACUCCCUUGCCUUGCUGGAGUAGUGUCUGAGGAAGCUAGCUAAGACAGAAAAGGUAAAUAAGUUCUAGAGUCUCAUAAUGCCUAAAAUGUCCUGGUUCAUUUAGAAAUCAUUUGGUAUACAAAGAACCAGGAAAAAUCUCAACUUGAAUGUAAAAGGUAAUUAGAAGAUUCCAGAACAAAAAUGACAAAGAUGUUGGAAUUAUUCAGAAAAUAUUUUAAAGCAGUCAUCAUAAAAAUGCUUCCAGUAUAUUGCUUACAAACAUAUAUGAAACAAAUUUAAAAAUUAUCUCAGCCAAAAAAUUAAAAUAUAUGAAAGAACUGAAUGGACAUUUUAGAACUGAAACUUACAAUAACCACAUAAAAAAUUCAAGAAGGUAAGCAGGAAAAAACUAUAAACACAGCCUCAGGGACCUGUAGUAUUAUAACUGAAGGCCUAAUUUUUGUGUUAUCAGAGUCCCAGAAGGAGAGAAGAAAUGGGCAGCUUUGAGAAAGGUCUCAAAGACUGAAAACUUCCUUAAUUUGGCAAUAGGCAAAAACCCACAGAUUCCUAAAUUCAAGCAAACCCAAAAUCUCUUAGCCAUUUUAGGCUACUGUAUCAGAAUACCAUAGAAUGGGUGGUUUAUAAAAACAGAAAUGUGUUGCUCACAAUACUGGAGGCUGGAAGACCGUGAUCAGAAUGCCAGCACAGAUGAGUUCUGCUGAAGACAUUUUUUGGCUAUAGAUGGACAUCAUCUCAUUGUAUCCUCACAUGUUGGAGAAAAGAAAAAGAUAUCUCUUGUCUCCUUCUCCCUCUCUCUCUCUCUUUUUUUUUUAUAAGCCCUCUGAUCUCAACAUGAGGGCCCCACCCUCAUGACUUAAUCUAACCCUAAUUACCUCCCAAAGGCCUAACCUCCAAAUAACAUCACAUUCAAUUUAGGAUGUCUACAUAUGAAUUUUGAGGGGACACAAACUUUCAGUGCAUAAAACUAACCAAGACAAACACAAAGAAUCCAAACUAAGGUAUACCAUGGUAAAAUAUCUGAAAAUUAAAAGAAAGAACAAAUUUUGAAAGCAGCUAGAGGAAAUAGCUCAUCUAUAGGAGAGAAAACAAUACAAA